GUUCUUCUCCAAGUAGCCACAGGGAAGAAUAAGGCAUUUGUUGUGAUCUCUAUAGGGGCAUUUGAGGAACAUUAAUAGAAAGAGAAAAGUAUCGCAAGGGCUAGAAUUGGAAGAGAUGUCGAGCACAGCUGGAAAGGUGAUAAAAUGCCGAGCGGCCGUUGCCUGGGAGGCAGGGAAGCCAUUGGUGAUGGAGGAGGUCGAGGUGGCCCCACCACAGGCAAUGGAGGUCCGUCUGAAGAUUCUCUACACUGCCCUCUGCCACACUGAUGUUUUCUUCUGGGAAGCCAAGGGUCAGAAUCCUCUUUUCCCAAGGAUCUUUGGCCAUGAGGCAGGAGGGAUCAUCGAGAGUGUAGGGGAGGGUGUGACUGAUCUUGCACCAGGAGACCAUGUCCUCCCAGUAUUCACUGGUGAAUGCAGAGAGUGUGCCCAUUGCUUGUCUGAGGAGAGCAACAUGUGUGAGCUCCUGAGGAUCAACACUGACAGGGGAGUGAUGAUAAAUGAUGGGAAAUCCAGGUUCUCCAUCAAUGGAAAGCCCAUUUACCACUUUGUUGGUACCUCCACUUUCAGCGAGUACACCGUCGUUCACUCUGGCUGUGUAGCCAAGAUCAACCCUUCGGCACCCCUCAACACUGUUUGCAUUCUUAGCUGUGGCAUUUCAACAGGCCUUGGUGCCACUUUAAAUGUUGCAAAACCGACAAGGGGUUCGACGGUGGCUGUUUUCGGGUUGGGAGCUGUUGGCCUUGCUGCUGCUGAAGGGGCUAGGAUUGCAGGUGCUUCGAGAAUUAUUGGUGUUGAUUUGAACCCAAGGAGAUUUCAUGAAGCCAAGAAGUUUGGCGUCAACGAGUUUGUAAAUCCAAAAGACUACAACAAGCCAGUUCAAGAGGUGAUUGCUGAGAUGACUAAUGGUGGAGUCGACCGAAGCAUCGAAUGCGUUGGAAAUAUUGAUGCCAUGGUAUCUGCUUUCGAAUGCGUUCGUGAUGGUUGGGGUGUUGCUGUACUUGUUGGUGUACCUCACAAAGAUGCCUCGUUUAAGACCCAUCCUGUGAAUUUCUUGAAUGAAAGGACCCUCAAGGGAACCUUCUUUGGAAACUACAAACCACGUUCGGAUCUUCCUGCAGUUGUCGAGAUGUAUAUGAACAAGGAACUGGAACUGGAGAAAUUCAUCACCCAUGAAAUACCCUUCUCUGAGAUCAACGAGGCAUUUGACCUCAUGCUUCAAGGGGACAGCCUCCGCUGCGUCAUCCGAAUGGAUGGUUAGAGCCAAUCCCAGAUGUUGUAAGCAAUUGCUCAGUUGAACUAUACGUGUUUGUGAAGCUGCUGUCUGGUUGAAUGGAGAUGUGGCUUGGAAUAUAUAGGUGUUCUUUGUGAUAAUUUUCUGCUUGUUUUUAAUAUGUCCUUUCCCUCUUGUUUCAGCUUUGCGUGUCUUUUGUAAAAAAAUUCAUGUACUGUACAUAAGAAGUUUGUUGCUUCUUGGUUUGCUUUC